UGAGAUGGCGCAACGGCGCGGGGGAAACGUGGAGAGAACCGAAACCGAACGCUAAGGUUCGGGAACUGUCUCCUAUAAUUCAUAAAUGUCGUUUGCUGGUUGAGACACAAAACCCUCAUAUUCCACAUUACCCAGUCACAAUGGCACCUUCUGCGGUUGAGACUGUUCAGCAGACAGUGGAGGACAUCAAACAAAAGGUUGUCCCCGUCAAGCCUGCGGAGACUGUCAGUGGUCCCGAAGAGGUUCUCCCAGAGAGACUGGAAGGUCACCGGGAGCCACUGAAGCUCAGCGGCGCUCUGGACCACCUUGAAUACUUCGAUGUGACUCCUGUCAUUGCGCGGGAGUACGUGAACGUCGAUCUCGUUGAGCUCCUGCGAGCUCCCAACUCGGAUGAACUGCUUAGGGAUCUGGCCAUCACGAUCUCGCAACGCGGCGUGGUGUUCUUCCGCAAGCAGGACAACCUGACGGACGACCUGCAAAAGGAGCUUGUCGACCGGCUUGGCAAGCUGUCGGGCAAGCCGCCAACGUCGGGCCUGCACAUCCACCCCGUCAGCAACUCGGCCCGCGAGCACGGCACCAAGGACGACCAGAUUAGCGUCAUCUCGUCGGAGCAGGCCAAGAAACUGUACUCCGACCGCUUCCAGGGCUUCCUCGGCGGCGGCAAGUACCGCCAGAGUGGCAAGAACCAGUGGCAUUCCGACAUCACGUUCGAGCCCGUCCCCAGCGACUACGCCCUGCUGCGGCUGACCCAGCUGCCUAAGACUGGCGGUGACACCCUCUGGGCUUCCGGCUACGAGCUGUACGACCGCAUCUCGCCGACGCUGCGGCGCUUCCUCGACACGCUGACGGCGCACUACGCGCAGCCGCUCUUCAACGAGACGGCCAAGCGCAACAACUUCUCCAUCUACACGGCCGAGCGGGGCGCGCCCGAGAACGUGGGCGACUCGCUGGACGCGGUGCACCCGGUCGUGCGGACGAACCCGGUGACGGGCUGGAAGUCCGUCUUCGCCGUCGGCCACCACGUCCAGCGCAUCCACGGCCUGUCCGAGGAGGAGAGCCGGCACUUCCUGCAGUGGUUCGUCCAGCUCGUCGUCGAGAACCACGACCUGCAGGUCCGCUACAGGUGGAAGCAGGUCAACGACGUGGCCAUCUGGGACAACCGGAGCGUCUACCACGCCGCCACGCCCGACUACGCCUUCGAGGACGGCCUCGGCGAGCGCAGGGGCAGCCGCGCCGUCAGCCUGGGCGAGCGCCCCUACUUUGACCCCGCCAGCACCAGCCGGAGGGAGGCCCUAAAGGCGGAGGCGGCUGCGGCUGCGGCUGCGGCUGCUCCCGCAUGAGAAGCCCAGGGACCAAAAGAGAAGAAGUGCUUGAGUAGGGAGCUAAGUGUGCGGAGGAACAUCAUGAGAGAGAAAGAGAGAGAGAGAGAGAGAGAGAGAGCAGCAGGCUGUUUUCUAAGCAAGCAUAAAGUCAUGAAUCGAAAUCGAUAUCGCAUAAUAAUUAGUGCCCCUCUGCCAAUGCAGUUCAAGAUACUGUACGCCAUCAUUAGUCGAGACACACUUGCCACCUCUGCGGAACAGCUCAGCUCGGAUCGUGCGGCGACUUGAAAGCCAUGGUUAGAGAACAGGAGUGCGAGUUAUUUUCGGAACCUUUUGAUUUUCGCGGU